AUGCGGAUAUGUUCCACCGGGUUUGCUCGCAUUGAUCUUCUACACCUAUCCAAACUGGUUGAUCUGAUGGGCGCCUCUUACGAUGAGUUUUUGACGCCAAAAGCAUCUGUCCUCAUAUGCAAUGACCCUCAGUCAGCAAGCCACGAGAAGUUACGGCACACUAGCGAAUGGGGGGUGCCUGCCGUAUCUGCAGACUGGCUUUGGAUAUCCAUUCAAAUAGGGCAGAAGAAGCCCUUUGAACCAUAUAUUGUUCGACGGCCAUUAUCCCGGAGUAGUAGCGGAGCGGAGAAGCCAAGCUCAGUCCAUGUGGACCGACAACAGCAACAGAAGGUCAAUGCUCAAGCAGAAAGGACGUCCAAUUCCAGUUCAGAUUCUGCGCAGAAGGGGAAAGCUGACAAGCGCGCGGCGUCAAGAAAAAGUGACACGAAUCUGGGAGACGGGUUCUUAAAGGAGGAUCAAACCAAGCCUGACAACCCACCCAAGCCAUCUGUCCCAGCAUCUCGCUCUCCAUCGCCUGGCAAGCCCCCGAGCAAAGAUGCCCCUGCUACCAAGCCGUCCGAGUCUAACCAGCCACCAUCCGCCGCUGCACCCUCCGCGCUCGACAUCGCGAUGAGUGGACUCCUCCAACAAGCACGAGCCGCUAAAUCUCGCGCUCAAACCGAGACCGCCACCGACACAACAAACGAAGACAGCAGCUACCCCCCACGCCGGAAGCGCAAACCCCUUCUCGGCCGCGCCCCAUCCCACUCUUCAAGUCGAGUAUUCGAAGCACCCGGAGGCGCAGGAGGACGAGCAGUAUCCCGCGCCAGCUCAAUUGACACCCUAAACGACGACGGCGUGGGCAGCGCCCUCGAAAGCAAUCCCACACGCGACAACUCCAUGUCGCGCACGAACAGCCGCGCGAAUGAGCAGAGCCUCUCAUCAAUGUUCGGCGGCGGGAAACUGGAGAAUUUCCUAGCCGACCAGUUCCCCUCGCACCUCGAGGCCGAAGACGAAGAGAACCAUGAGCCUCCACCCAUGACGCAGCUGGACUAUGAGGAUUCGGAUGCUGCGGCUAUGCGGGCUGAGUUUCUCACUCGAGCGGGCAAGUUGCCCGCGAAGAAGAGUGCGGCGGCUGCUUCUGACCCCAAUGUGUCAGUUGGUCAGGUUAGGGAAUUGGAGGACAUUGGGUGGGGGUCUAAACGGAGGACGAGGAGAACGGCUGCGAAGGCUGAUGAUGAGGAUGGGUUCUAG